AUGGCAGACAAGGACACUGUAGAGAAGUUUCUUGACAACAACCCCGAUUUCGCUAAGCAGUACUACGACAAGAAAGUCCAGGCAGAUGUGAUUACUGCUGCCUUCAACAACCAGGUGCAGGUCAAAGAGCCAUCCUCUUACAAGGAUGUGAGCACCAUCCAGGAGUCUGAGUUCAUAUUCGAGAUCAUAAAGGAGUUGAAGACAAACGCCUCGAUGGAGAAAACUCUGCAUAAAAAAAAGAGGGUUGCUCUGCUGAUCCAGGCGGAUCGAUGCAGCUACUUCGGCUACAGGUCUCGCAACGGAACACCCGAGCUGUCCACGGUCCUCUUCGAUGUGACCCACAAUUCCUCAUUUGAGAAAGAUCUUGUGAAUCCCAAUGCAGAGAUUGUUUUUCCCAUCGACAUGGGAAUUGUUGGAUGGACGGCUCACACCAAGAAGCCUCAGAACGUUGCAGAUGUUAAGAAGAACACUCACUUCAAUGACUUUGUGGAUAAACAGACCAAAUAUACCACCAAAUGCAUGGUUACUGUCCCCAUCAUGUAUGAAAAGGAGCCCAUCGGUGUCAUCAUGGCACUCAACAAACAGGGUGCUGAUGAAUUUUCAAAGAGUGAUGAGGAGCUCUUCAACAAAUACAUCAACUUUGCUAGUGUGGUCGUCCUCCAAGGUCACACUUCCUGCAUGUGGGAUGUAGAAUCCAGGAGAAGUCAGGUGUUGCUGUGGUCAGCCAGCAAGGUUUUUGAAGAGUUGACAGAUAUCGAGAGGCAGUUUCACAAAGCUUUAUACACAGUGAGGACAUACAUCAAGUGUGAGAGAUACUCCGUGGGACUCCUGGACAUGACCAAAGAAAAGGAAUUCUUUGAUGAGUGGGCAAUAAAACUAGGGGACCAGGAGCCAUACAAAGGCCCCAAGACACCUGACGGCAGAGAAAUCAGCUUCUACAAGAUUAUUGACUACUUGCUGGAAGACAAGGAGGAAAUUAAAGUUAUCCCGUCCCCCCCUGCGGACCACUGGGCUCUGGUCAGCGGCCUCCCAUCAUAUGUGGCUGAGAACGGAUUUAUCUGCAACAUGAUGAACACUCAAGCAGACGAUUACUUUGCAUUUCAGAAAGAAGCGGUGAAUGAGACUGGAUGGAAGAUUAAGAACGUCCUGUCCCUGCCCAUUGUCAACAAAAAGGAAGAAAUCGUUGGAGUUGCCACUUUCUUCAACAGAAAUGAUGGCAAACCAUUUGACGAGAAUGAUGAACAAAUUACAGAAGCUCUUACCCAGUUCCUUGGCUGGUCCACUCUGAAUAGCGACACAUACGACAAACUGAACAAGACAGAGUGGAGGAAGGAUAUUACCCAGGAAAUGCUCAUGUACCAGACAACAGCCACACUUGAUGACGUGCAGCUCAUUCUGAACACUCAAGAGAAGUUUGGCUCUGCACCAGAGGACUGUGACCAGAAGGAGAUGUACAAACUGUUGAGAACCAACAUCCCCGAUGCCAAGAAGGUGGAGCUGCUCGAGUUCCGAUUCAGUGACUUCGCUUUGUCAGAGCUGGAGCUCGUAAAGUGUGGCAUCCGCUGCUUCUUCGAGCUCGGGGUGGUGGAGAAGUUCAAGGUCCCAGCCGAGACCCUGACACGAUGGAUGUUCACUGUUCAGAGGGGAUACCGUGACGUCACCUACCACAACUGGAGGCACGGUUUCAACGUUGGACAAACCAUGUUCUCUCUGCUUCUAACAGGUAAACUGAAGAAGUAUUACACCGAUCUUGAUGUCUUUGCCAUGCGAUUCUGCCACGAUAUUGACCACAGAGGAACCAACAAUCUGUACCAGACAAAGAGUCAGUCCCCACUGGCAAAACUGCACAGCUCCUCAGUAAUGGAGCGGCAUCAUCUUCAGUACAGUAAGAACCUGAUGGAGAAUGAGAACCUGAACAUCUUCCAAAACCUUCAGAAGCGUCAGUUUGAAACAGUGCAGCAUCUGUUUGAAGUCUGCAUUAUUGCCACUGAUCUCGCCCUCUAUUUCAAGAAGAGAACAAUGUUCCAGAAAAUCGUUGAAUCUGUGGAGGGGAUUCCAGACGAGAAAGACAAGAUCAACUUCGUCUCCACCAAUCCAACCAGGAAGGAAAUUAUCAUGGCAAUGAUGAUGACGGCUUGUGACCUGUCAGCCAUUACAAAGCCAUGGGAGGUUCAGAGCAAGGUCGCUCUAAUGGUGGCAGCAGAGUUUUGGGAGCAGGGCGACUUGGAGAGGACUGUCCUUGAUCAGCAGCCUAUUCCAAUGAUGGACAGAGAUCACGCUGAGGAGCUACCCAAGAUGCAAUGUGGUUUCAUCGACUUUGUCUGCUCCUUUGUGUACAAGGAGUUUUCUCGCUUUCACAUAGAGAUCACUCCGAUGUUCGAUGGGCUGAAUAUAAACAGAGGCCAGUGGAGAGCUCUCGCAGACGUCCACGAGGCCAAAAUGAAAGCUAUCGAAGACGAGAAGAAGAAGCUGGAGGGUGGAGGCGAAGAUGUUCAAGAGGCCGGGAAGUCAAAGACAUGCGUGAUCUGCUAGACCUCCAGGACAAUCGAGGCAUUUAUGAAUGUGUGUGUG